ACACCUACAUGGCCUACAUUGUCAUUUUGCCAGUGACUUCUCUCUUAGAUGAGCACAAAUGCACAAUGUAUGUCUUCGCUUUUAAGUUGAAAGAAACCAAUGCAACUCCUCUUUUCCCUUUUAGCCCUUUGAUCAUAUUCACUUCUCAGUCUAUUCUUAACUAGCUUUCUCCUACCAGAUUUUGAAAGGUAUAAUCUCUUAAUUUCUUCAUUAAUCGUUGCAACUUUAUUUCUGGGUUACGUUCCUUGAUCGGUCCCUAUAAGCACGUUUUUGUUUAGUUUUCAGUGUAAUUCUGCAUUUGCUGGCGACUUUUCAGGAAUUACUGUGUGAGAAAGUAAUUCUUGGCUGAUUAUCCUGAAAUGGGAGAUCCUGCAAGCCAAUCCUCCUCAUCAGAUCCCACGAUUGAAUUGCGUGGCGAUGAAUUCUGGCCACUUUCAGGGAAACCUUUCUUUGACAUCAUCCUCGCAAAAUCGCAUGUCAACCCCAAAUGUCAAAUGUCGAUCCCAUCCAAACUACAUCCACUACUACUGUCCUGUUCAGUCCCUGUGGUUCUCACUUUUGGGGGCAAGACUUGGGAAAUGACAUGCAAUACAGCAAACAAUGCUCAGAAGUUCUUUGAUAGACCGUCGUGGAAAGCAUUCGUUGACGACAACAAUCUGAAGGUCGGAGAUGGCUGUGUGUUCGAACUUAUGGAGUGCAGCAGCACAAAGCUGGUAUUUAGAGUCCAAAUUCUCAGAGGUGAAAUCCCAGCUCAACUUCUAGACAAGGUCAGCGGUGAAAAUGCAGAGAAACCCCUUGUGAUUCUUGAUUAGUUUGAAUUUGAUGGCAUUACUAUCAUAAUUUGAAUUGUGAAUUGUGAUUCAGUAAUCCAUCUCACUUUGGAGGUUGACCUCUGUUAGAGCCUAUUUAUUGUGCUACACUUGAAAGUUGACAUGAUCUUUUUGUUCAUGUGUGAGCAUCUAAAUUAUAUUGUAUGACUACCAACAUCAAAUUUCAAUAACUUUUCUCA